AUGUCCGAAACCGGUCUUUUGAGCAUUAGCGGUACCAAAACCAGUACCAGUGGUAACACCAAUGUCAACGAUUCGCCCACAAAGACAUCACCAUCACUAUCACAACACCAGCCCCAGAAGAGAAUAAGAGCUUCUGGAGAAGUGCUCAACUUUCUCAUUACUGAAUUCAACAAGAACCCCAACCCAAGUCCCGAUCGAAGAAAAGUCAUUAGCGACAAGGCUGCAAUGAGCGAAAAAGCAGUAAGGAUAUGGUUCCAAAACAGAAGAGCCAAGCAAAGAAAACACGAGCGAAGUAGGAAACUCGAUACAAAUGCAUACCACAUCCAACCACACCACUCAUCCUCAAGCACAUUUGACUUGAUCCAGCGCCCAACAUCUUCAACAACAUCAACUUCAACUUCACCACCACAAUCAUUUUCAAACAACUCACCUAGCAACAUCCCAAUUGAAAUAAAUGAAAAAUACAGCUUUAUAGAUUGUACCUCAUUAUCCGUGGGAUCAUGGCAAAGAAUCAAGAGCGGGAAACACGACUUUGACUUGUUGAAAAACAACCUCUUCAAAUUGUCACCAUUCAAUUUAAACACCAUCAUGACACAAGUCGACCUCAUGGUCAUCUUGUCCAAGAAAAACCAAGAACUCAACUACUUUUUCCUGGCAAUGACCAACAAGGACUCCAGAAUCCUCUUUAGAAUAUUUUACCCACUCAGUGCCAUUCUGCUGUGCUCCCUCCACGAAAACUCCAUUGAAGAUAAAUCUACCGGUUUAAUAACAAACUCAAACGAACUUCGUGUCAACUUGUGCCACCAACCAAAAUUCUCAGUCUACUUUUUUAACGGAGUCAACUCAUCAACUAACCAAUGGUCAAUCUGCGACGACUUUAGUGAAGGACAGCAGGUUAGCCAAGCAUACACCUUGAACCCAAAAACAUACCCAAACUAUGACCAAGAUGAUAUUAACCUUAGCCAUUCGCCUUCAGGUAUUCCCCACGUCAUUGUAGGCGGCAGAAGUGCAUUAACAUACUUGAGCUCCUACAUUAAUGCCAACAAUAGCGAUUACAAUUCACUUCAAGCAACAUCAGUACCACUAAUAAGACCACCACCACCACCAGCACCAGCAGCAGCAGCACAAUCAUCCACAGCAGUACCGACAAGCUAUAUUCAACAACAUACUCAACACAAUCAGCACAAUCAUCCAAUACAAUAUAAACACAACUCCCUUGACAUGUCCACAGGCCUCUCCGCAACAGCAUUGGAAUUCGAUUUGAACUCCUUAUGGCAAAACCACAACUUUACUGCCGACCCAAAAACAUUAGCAUCCACAGCAAACUUUAACAUCAACCAAUCACCAUACUCGACCACGUCAUCAUCACAACAAUAUUACCAACUGGAAGACACACCACAGCUGAUGCAAUCAUUCAAUGCCCAAAGUCAGCUUCAGGGCCAAUUAAACAGCAACAGCAACAGCAACAGUAGUGGCAGUGGCAACAUCAUCAAAUAUUCUAGCAUGACAAAUGUAAGCAAUUUAAACAGCGCUGUAGGCUCAAAUAUUAUAAAAACAGCAUCCACGUCCCCAGAAGAUAUCUUAUCAUUCAAUGAACAAGUGGUUGUAAACACACAUAAUCUUGGUAAGCCUGCAUACACACAUACUAGUGAAUUUGUUGAUUUUAAUGAUGGUACAGGGAGCGGUUUGGAGUUUACCACGGAUUUCGACUUUGCCAUAGGAUUAGGUGAAGGUGAUCGCGAACACGAUCGCGAACGCGAACACGAUCUUGAAGGUGAUUUUCACGAGGAAGUUCCAGCAUCAAGCCAAACACAACCAUUAGACUUGCACCAAACUAUGACGGUAGAUUUUAUCGACUUCAACGCAUAA